AUGGCACGACAAAAGAAGUUGAGUGAUGCAGAAAAAAAAUUAAAAAAGAAAGAGUAUGACAGAAAAAGGAGAGAAAAAAUGAAAAAUAAUACUGAAUCUUUGGAAAAACUGCGGGAAAAAGAAAGAAUAAAAUAUUUAAAGAAAAAAGAGAAAGGUCAAGUAAAACCAGUUUUUCAUAUGAAUGCUAGAGAACUUAGACAAAAGCGAAAGCAAUGGAAAGAAAAUAGUAAAGUGUAUAGGAAUAAAAAAGCUAUAGCACACCAAAAUUUACAAAGAAUAAUUGAUGAUACACCUCCACCAAGUCCAGUAUCAGUUGUGCAGCAAAUUAGAGAAGAUGUAGCUGCUCGAAAUAGACGACAGAUGCGAAGGCGACGAGCUAUUUUGUAUGCAAAGAUUGCAAAUUUGGAAAAAAAAUUGAAGAAUGCAGUAAAAUUAAGCGAAAAAUAUAAGAAGAGAUAUUUGAGAAUGAAAACAAAAAAAACUGACCCAGAAUCGCCUGGAACUAAAGUAGAUGCGUUUCUAAAAAAUGUAAACGUUCCUGAAAGUGUGAAGAAGAAAUUACUUUUUGGAGAAGCGUUAACAAGAGAUCUAGAGACUAGUUACAAAGAUCUUGGAAAGAAACAUGAAAAAAGAAAAAAUAUUACGAAAUGUUGA